UUUGCUCGAAGUGCCACGCACGCGGAACACAGAGGCGUAAAGUGAUCUGGAUUUGGCGAAGCGGGGCCCCGUGCCUUCCUUCGGAGGUCACUUUGCACGCCGCUUGAAGCUGUUGCAAAAGUGGUAAAUACACCAUUCUUGCUUUGCAUCCAGGCCUCAAACCAAAGGGGUCUCAAGAAAACAUCGAAUGACACCGAACUGGUCCCCUGCUGACCACAUCCUGCGUCUAUCCGUCAGGCUGCAGAAGCAGCUCGACCACACGCUGUCUAUUCAGCGUUAGAGCGGCAAUGAUUAAUUUCUCUGCUAACCUCAGUGCGAGGUAUACGUGUUUUACCGGCGCACACAGGAUGUAGGUCGGGGCGUCUCUCCGGGGUCGACUUUGGUAUAAAAGCGGCGACACCUCGGAGGCGCCGGGUCGAGCAUCGCCAGCGCCAUGGAGGCCCCGCGCAGCGUCCUGCUUUGUCUUCUCCUGGCGUGUCUCGGACUUCACGCACUCGGGAGUGAAAUCAUUAAAGGGCAAAAGGCCCCGGAGAAGGAUUUUCUGUACAUGGCCUCAGUGCAGGACAAAAGUCGUCACCACGUAUGUGGAGGAUUCCUCAUCGAUAAAAACUUCGUGGUCACCGCGGCGCACUGCGCGGACAGAGAACCCACCAGCGUCGUUCUUGGAAGCCACAAUCUCCGGACGGCGAAGAAAGUCAACAGAUACAACGUGAAACUCUGCAAGCAUCCGUCUUAUGUGGGGAUUAAAAAAGGGGACGACAUCAUGCUCCUCAAACUGUCGAGGAAAGUUCGACUGGAUAAAAGCGUCAAACCGAUUCAACUUCCCAACGGUAACAUGAAGAUAAAAGACAAAUCAAACUGCCGGGUAGCCGGAUGGGGUUGGACAAGAAGUCAGGGUGAAGUGGUCCAUGAGCUGAACGCGGUCGACGUGCCCGUCGUGAACCUGAAGGUCUGUAGGGAGCAAUGGGCUCAAAUUAAAUUUAAUCUUACGGCCAAUGUCAUCUGUGCAGGCGGCUACGGCACAGACAAAGGAUUCUGCCAGGGUGAUUCUGGAGGCCCCCUGGUGUGCAACGGGAAGCCGGUUGGUGUCGUGUCGUUCAACAUGAAGAGGAACUGUGACUAUCCAAAUGUUCCCAACGUGUACACAGACAUAAUAAAGUACCUUCCCUGGAUCAAGCAGGUUCUCAAGAAGAGAAGUUGUUAAAUGCUCUAAUGCAGGUUUCCACUUCUUCAUCAGGUCUCAUGACACACUUUCUUUAUCUUCAUGAGCUGGCUGAUGUGUUGGACAAUAAAUAUUGUUUUCAAUAUUGCAGUGCAACUGUGCAA